GGUCAUAUCCACCCCAGGUCCUAGUCCCUGAAAGACCUCAGGACUGGGGAGGAUCAGUAGUGUCGGAGGCCAGCCCCUGGCCAGGGCGGCCUCCGCCAUUAAAAGAUGGCGCCUGGCGAGCUGCCAAGAAAAGUUGCCUCACCAGCCCUCACUGUUCUUCUCUGCCUCGGGCUCUGUCGGGGCCUGUGGGACCAGGCACAGAUCGGGACCCUCCCCAAACCCUCCAUCUGGGCUGAUCCCAGCCCCAUGGUCACCAAGGGGAGCCAUGUGACCAUCUGGUGUCAGGCGUCUCUGCAGGCUGACGACUACUAUCUGUAUAAAGACAGGCUCAUUGUGCCCUUGGAGACCUUGAACACCUCACGGGAUUCCAGCAACAAGGCCGGCUUCUCCAUUACAUCCAUGAGCUCACACAAUGUAGGGCAAUACCAGUGUUUUUAUCAGAUUGGGGAGAUCUUCUCACAACCCAGUGACCUCCUGCCUCUGGUGAUGACAGGACAGCAUGAGGCACCCUCCCUCUCAGCCAACCCAGGCCCUGUGGUGGCCUUGGGAGGGAACGUGUCCCUCUCCUGUAGCUCAUCGUGGCCACGGGGGUCAUUCCGUCUGCUGAAGGAGCAGGAGGCUGAUGCACCCCAACACCUGGAGUGGAUGUUCCGUCGUGAGAGGGGGCAGGGGAUCUUCCAUGUGGGCCCUGUGAACACCUCCCAUGCGGGGACCUACAGAUGCUACAUUUCUCCCCAGUCGUACCCGGAUUCGUGGUCACAUCCCAGUGACCCUCUGCACCUUCAGGUCAUAGGUGUCUACAAGGAGCCCUCCCUCACGGCCCAGCCGGGCUCCCUGGUGCAGUCUGGAGACAGCCUGACCCUCCAGUGUCACUCAGAGACUGGCUUUGACAGAUUCGCUCUGACCAAGGAUGAGGAGCUCAGAGCUCCUCAGAGUCUAGAAGGGCAACCCAGCCCCAACUUCCUCUUGGGCUCUGUGAACCGCACCCAUGGGGGCCAGUAUCGAUGCUACUGUGGACACAAGCUCUCCUCCACCUGGUCGGCCCCCAGUGCCCCUCUGGGUGUCCUGAUCACAGGAAUGUAUGAGAAACCGUCCCUCUCAGCCCAGCCGGGGACUUCAGUGUCCUGGGGAGAGAAUGUGACCCUGCAGUGUCGCUCUGAGAUCUGGUCUGAUACCUUCCACCUGUUCAAGGAGGGGUCCCUCGCUCCUCCCCAGGUCCUUCGUCCGCAGUACACAGCAAAACAUUAUCAGGUCAACUUCAUCCUGAGUCCCGUGACCUCAGACCUCGAGGGGACCUACCGGUGCUAUGGCUCACACAGCAACUCCCCCUACCUGUUGUCACAGCCCAGUGACCCCCUGGAGCUCCUGGUCUCAGUGUCAAACAGCCAAGAUUACACCAUGGAGAAUCUUAUCCGGUUGGGGAUCUCUGCCUUGAUCCUGAUGGUUCUCGGGGUGCUGCUCUUUCAAGCUCGGCACCGUCAGGGAAGACCCCAAGAUGCAGCCAGGACAUACACUUCAGGACGACAUCAGCAGAUGGGAACUGAGGAGCAGAGCAAGGACACGCCGCCCAAGGAAGAACUGGCCACCGCAUGGCCACACCCUUUGUGUCUGUCUGUCCCGCGGUCACAGUCGACCCUCCAUCUGCACAGCCGGAAGCAGAGAGGAGAAGCCAUGACCCCCACCCUCACAGCCCUGCUCUGUCUCCGGCUGAGUCUGGCCUCCAGGACCCAAGCCCAGACAGGGACCCUCCCCAGACCCACUGUCUGGGCUGAGCCAGGCUCUGUGAUGCCUUGGGGGACAUCUGUGACCAUCUGGUGUCAGGGGGGCCUGGAAGUCCAGGAGUACCGCCUGCAUAAAGAGGGAGAGUUAGAGACCUGGGACAGACAGAAGCCACUGGAAUCCAAAGACAAGGUCAAAUUCCCCAUCACACACAUGGCAGACAUAUAUGCAGGAAGAUACCGCUGUGACUAUCUCAGUCCCACUGGCUGGUCAGAGCCCAGUGACCCCCUGGAGCUGGUGGUGGUGACAGGAUCCCAGGGCAAACCCAGCCUCUCAGCUCUGCCCAGCCCUGUCGUGACCUCAGGAGGGAACGUGACCCUCCAGUGUGCCUCACAGAUGGGAUUCCACGGGUUCAUUCUGAUGAAGGAAGGAGAGCGCCAGCCCUCCUGGACCCUGGGCUCCCAGCCAGCCCCCCGUGGGGGGACCCAGGCCCUGUUCCCUGUGGGCCCCGUGACCCCCAGCCUCAGGUGGACGUUCCGAUGCUACGGCUAUUACAGCAACACCCCCCAGGUGUGGUCGGACCCCAGUGACCCCCUGGAGCUGCUGGUCUCAGGUGUGUCGGGGAAGCCCUCCCUCCUGACCCAGCAGGACACUGUCGUGACCUCUGGACAGAGGCUGACCCUCCAGUGUCGCUCUGAUGUCGGCUACGACAAAUUCGCUCUGUCCAAGGAGGGGGCACCUGACCUUCCACGGCGGCUUAGCCGGCAGACCCAGCCUGGGCUCUCGGGGGCAACCUUCUACCUGGGCCUGGUGAGAACCUCCCUUGGGGGCCGGUACAAGUGCUACGGUGGACACAACCACUCCUCUGAAUGGUCAGCCCCUAGUGACCCCCUGGACAUCCUGUUGGCAGGACAGCUGCCCUACACACCCUCCCUCUCAGUGCAGCCUGGACCCAUGGUGGCCCCAGGAGAGAAUGUGACCCUGCUGUGUCAAUCACGGAGCUCUGUGGACACUUUCCUUCUGUCCAAGGAGGGGGCAGCCGAUCCCCCGCUGCGUCUUAGAUCACAGUACCGAGCUGGGCAGCACCAGGCUGAAUUCCCCAUGAGUCCUGUGACCUCAGCCCAUGGGGGGUCCUACAGGUGCUAUGGCUCCGCCAGCACCUCCCCCUACCUGUUGUCACAUCCCAGUGAUCCUCUGGAGCUCCUGGUCUCAGAGCAGCACCUGCAGAUGAUGGCAAAGGGAACUCAGGUGACAAGGACGCCAGACUCAGAAACCAGUCCUCUUUCUCCUGUAUGCAUUGGGGUUAGACUGGAUUCACACAGUCCUUGUGGGGAACAAGCUCUGGCAUUCCCAGGCUUGGACCCCAGAGAUUACACGGUGGAGAAUCUGGCCUGCAUGGGCAUGGCUGCCUUGAUCCUGGUGGUCCUUGGGAUUCUGCUGCUAGAGGCUCAGCACAGCAAGAGAAGGACCCCAGACACAGCCAGGAGCUAAACAUGAGGGGGAACAAAGCCACCAUUCCAUAUAGCAGAGCUGUGGGCAUGCAUCCCAGGUGCCCAGAGGGAUCUGGAGGAAAGCCUGCAGCUCACCCUCGCUGAUCUGUCUGCUGACAACAUCGAGGGGGAGCAUGGUUCAGGUGCAGGACAUGUCUGGGCUGCUUCUUGCCCAGGACUUGUCCCCCGUGACCUGUGGGGCUUUCCCUCCUGCAUUGCUGGACAUCCUUGACUGCCCCGUCUUUCCUCAUCCCUGUGACUUGAGGGUUCAUCCCACACAGCAGGGCUGGUUCAUACCUUCUUACAGCGGCAGCUCUGGUCCACCUUCAGGGGAUACAUUUUCCUUCACUUUCCAUUUCCACCUUCCCUGAUGUCCACUAUCGCCCUCCAUUCCUCAGCCGAAAACACAGACUCUGUUUUCAUAAGUAAAUAAGUGGGUGAAAAUCAGGCCUGCUUUGGAACAGAUGACUCCAAAACCAUUCCCUGAACCCUCUCUAGACUCACAGAGCUCUUCUUUCCUCGUGCGGUGACACCUGGUGGAAUCUUCCAGAGACACCAUCAGUUUGAGUGAGCUCAGGGAUGUGUGAGGUGCAAGGAAUAAAUGUUUGUUUAUUUUAA